GCCCUACCUGGCAGUCCAACACGAAGGGUAGCCUACUUGGUCGGACAGCUUGAUGUCGAAGGACAGAUUGGAUGCUGGCUUGUAAUGCCCCAGGGUUUACGUGCAAAUCUUCCGUGUUCAACACAUGUGUUAGAAAGGAGAUUGCGGAAUGAGUCGACUUCUGGGAAGGGUGUCGGUCGGGCGAUGGGCAAAUUUGAUAAUUUCGUGCUAAAUUCAAAUCUUUGUGAAUCUCAUAUUGGAAUCUGUGAUUUUUUCUUUACAACCAGUUUGAGGUGGUGGUUUAAUAUUGAAAGUUUCACAAAUUUUAUGUACAAGAAGGACCCAACAUUAACUGCAAUACAAGUGUUCGAUGAAUACACCCGAAACCUCUCAGAAAUUGAAACUAUUAAUGACAUUGAUUUCAAUGUUGCAAAAUAUAUUAAUACUUUUCGCAAAAAAAUAGUCAAAACAGAGUAUCUGAAAAUUAUCGGCGAUAUUUUAAUAGUAAAAAUAUCAACAGGUGCAAGUGUAAGGAAAAAGGUAACAACUCAAACCCAAAAAAAAUUUAAAAUAGCGGCAGAAAAGGAUAAAGAAAAUCGAAAAGCAGCUGUAUAUAUCGAUAGUCAUAAUGUGAACGAUGAAAUUAAUAGUUUUUUUCAGAGUUCUCCUAAGAGACAAUCUUCAGAUCAGCUUUUUGAAGUGGUUGAGAGUGAUGAAGAUGAAUCAGCUGAGUCGGGCUAUGAGACGGGUGAAGAAAAUUGUGAUGAAGCUCCAUUAAAAAUAAACAAAUCUGCUUUUCAUGAAGCGCAUAACGCUAUUCCGAAUAACGCUAAGAUGCGGUUGAAAUCAGGGAGGAUAGUUGAAGACAUUCUUUUCAAUUACGUUAAGGAUAAGGAUUAUGAAGAACAUGCGCAUUCUUAUAUCAUAGACUGUGAGAAUGAGAACAUAAAAUCUUUAUUCAGUGAGGAGGAAUGGGAAGAACUGAUUUUGGAUCGAUUGGGUGUUCCUUCGCUUCCGCAAGAAAUUGCCAAAGAAUUGGCUCGGUAUGGAAAAAAAUCACUAGAAGAGCUCCGUAAGAUUGUAAAUACGCCGUACCUUCAAGAUGGUGUUGUUUACGACGUUCAACAACAUUAUGAUUUGGAAUGGAUUCAAAUGUCUGUUAGAACUCUUGUUAAUCUAUAUGAAAAUAUGGACUCACCCUUAGUGCGAAACCAAUACGAGGAUUGGUUUACGGUUGCUCUUUUUGGGGCUUGUAUAGACAUGUGUAUGAGAACUGCGCAACUUGGCACUGACGUAAAAAGAACUGAUGCACCAUCCUUAGCCAGUGCUAAUAGGAAAAAUCGUAAUCGACCAAAGAAUGUAAGAAAGUUUAUAGGUCGAAAAAUCGAUGGUAUUGUUUACAUAAUCAACCGACUUCUUGAAGUGGGGGCAAUAGAGGCGGCAAGAUCUUUUUCUGGUGAAUCGCAUAGGAAAUAUCUUAAUGAAAAAUUUAAAAUGCCAAAAACUUUGCGGGAUAUGCUAGCUGAUCAUAUCCGGGCAGUCAACUAUGAUGAAGAAAAAAUAAACAAAAUUCAAGUUUUUGGAAUACUGCAUUUUGGAUUGAGAAUUCAGUUUACAAGAUUAUGGCGCACCGGAGGAUCGAUCACAAUUUUCCACAAAGAUCCUCAAUUGUAUUAUUUAGAUAACAAGUUUUCAGCAGAAGGAAUAAAAAUUUUUCUUAAAUUUUUAGCUGAAGUUUAUCGGUGUAAGCAAAUUAUUAAAAAUAAUUUAGAUGUACUGAAUAGCAGAGGAAGCGAUGACAUUGAAUCGGGCGAUAAUGAUUUAUUUAACGAAUUAAUGGGCGUUGGUAGAUCGUUUACACCAUCCCCACGCUUGGUUAGAUACUUUGCUGAUUGUUGGAAGACGCCAAGAACAGAUAGAAAACCCAAAUCAAAGAAAAAGCGAAAGCUAAAGAGUAAUUGA